CGCAGGCGCGGAACUGCUUGCGCAGGCGCGGUGCGCGGUUGUCGCGGUGUACUGAUCUACCCGAGUUCCCGGCAUGCCGGGCCGGCGUCUUAUUGCGGCUUCCCGAUUGCCCGCGCGCCAUGGAGUGCCUGCGCUACCUGCCCAGGCUACUGCCCCGCGCCGCGCAGUCCCGGAGCGCUCUGUGUAUGGCGGCGGUGCGCCUGAGCCUCGCUGCCUGCUGUGGCCGCGCGACCCCGCUGACCUCCGGGAGCCAGAAGGCGCCGAGCACACCCCGCACUGCAGGUGAUGUGUACCGGUUUAGAACCUCUGAUGCCUCUCAAGCUACUUUAGCCAGCGUGGCCCAGGUGUUUGCUGUGACAAAGUUUGACAAAGAAGGAAACGUUACCUCUUUUGAGAGGAAGAAAACUGAACUAUACCAUGAGUUAGCACUCCAGGCCAGAGACUUGAGGUUUCAGCACGUAAUGAGCAUCACUACCAGAAACAACAGGAUCAUCAUGAGGAUGGAGUACUUGAAGGCUGUGAUAACUCCAGAGUAUCUUCUGAUACUAGAUUAUCGGAAUUUAAACUUGGAGCACUGGCUGUUCCGGGAACUGCCAUCACAGCUGGCUGGAGAAGGUCAGCUCGUUACGUACCCGUUACCGUUUGAGUUCAGAGCUAUUGAAGCACUCCUGCAGUACUGGAUCAACACCCUUCAGGGGAAACUAAGCAUCCUGCAGCCACUGAUCCUGGAGACCCUGGAUGCAUUAGUGGACCCCAAGCACUCUUCUGUUGACAGAAGCAAACUGCAUGUCCUACUCCAAAACGGCAAAAGUCUCUCUGAGUUAGAAACAGACAUUAAAAUCUUCAAAGAGUCAAUUUUGGAGCUCUUGGAUGAGGAGGAGAUGCUGGAAGAACUCUGUUUAACCAAGUGGAGUGACCCGCAUGUCUUUGAGCAGAGCAGCACUGGGAUUGACCACGCAGAGGAGAUGGAGCUGCUGCUGGAAAACUACUACCGACUGGCUGACGACCUCUCCAAUGAGGCUCGGGAGCUUCGGGUCCUGAUUGAUGAUUCACAGAGCAUUAUCUUCAUCAAUCUAGAUAGCCAUCGCAAUGUGAUGAUGAGGUUAAACCUCCAGCUGACCAUGGGUACCUUCUCGCUUUCACUCUUUGGACUGAUGGGAGUUGCUUUUGGCAUGAAUUUGGAAUCUUCCCUUGAAGAGGAUCAUCGUGUGUUUUGGCUGAUUACAGGAAUUAUGUUUAUGGGAAGUGGCCUCAUCUGGAGGAGGUUGCUUUCGUUCCUUGGAAGACAGCUGGAAGCUCCUUUGCCCCCUGUGGUAUGGACUUGGGGCUCACAGCAACACUGCUGGGCUCUCUUAAUCCUGGGCAUAGAGUCAGGCAGCCUGGGUUUCAGUGGCCAUAGGCUUUGUGACCCUGUGCAAGUUCUCCUUCCUUUCCCUUCUGCUAAUCCAGUCUGCACUGUGUGCUUUAAAUGAUGUAGACAGUUAAGUGAGGUGAGAUGCUCACAGUGAAUCAGUUGGUUUCUGUAAACACUGGCAGGAAUCAUAUGUUGAGACAGAUGCUCGUCACUCUGCAGGGCUUUGCCGUAGCUGUGCUGAAAUGCUGCGCUGUGUGCUCUCAUGAGCGUGGGAGCCACCCCUCCUUCCCUCCCUUGUCUGUGGAGUCAGCGCUGCUGGAGGAAGUGCACAGGCACUGACCUGCAUGGUACCCACUUACCAUCUGGUUAGUGGCUUCUAAGAAAGACACACACUGAAACUCUUUUCCUGCUUUAUUUAGAUGGCCUCCUUGCCUAAAAAGACCCUUCUGGCAGAUAGAAGGAUGGAUGUGAAAAACAGCCUCAGGCCGGAAGGACUUGGAGCAGGCAGGACUAUCCUGGCAAGCCGAUAGCAGCAGCCUGGCAGACAAGGAUUUUUAUUCUUCUGAAGCUAUUAUCACUUUCUGGGGGAAAACGACAACUGGUGUUUAAAUUAUGAAUGACUAAAAAUACUGUGGCAUUCACAGUACUAAACUUGAUCGCAUCUUCAGAAUUCUUUGAGACAGUGCUUUCUUUGUAAAAGGCCCAAACCCUAUGUCCUACCAACUUUGAAUACUGUUUAUGGGCAUUUUAAAGUAUCGAUUUAUGUACUGUGAGUAGACUUAUCUAGAUCAGUGCCACUAUACAUAUGGAGGAGUGUAGCUUUGUGCUGACUGCUCAGGGACUCAGCAGAGCCCGUGGCCCCGCACAGAGACUCACAGUCCCGUCAGUCUCGCUCAGGGAGGAAGGCUGGUGGAUCACUUAGCCUUUUGACAAAUUCUGCAAUGUCAGUCCUUGGUGGAACUUUACUUCCAGGUAUUUGCUUUCUUUUAUAUAUGAUGAAUAAAAAAGAGGUAUAAUUUAAUGUCAGCAUACUUGGAUUCCAAUUAAGCAAUAUUGUUACUAUUUUUUGAUUAAUUAUAAAUAGAACUAUGGAAAGUUAAGUUUAAAGUGUUUAUUCUCUUACAAUUUUAUAGAUGUUUUGAUCAUUGCCUGAUUUAAGAGAUUGUCAUGCUACCCCCUCCCCAAGAGAAAAUGUAUACAGCCAGCUAAUGUGUUUGCCUUCCUCUCAAAGGUUAACACAUGUGUUUGUCAAACAAGAACAUAGCUAAUGUAAGAAUGGUGGAAACGCUGCCUUCCCAAUCAGAAGCUCUCGUUUAAAAUAAAUGGCAAGGCAGGACAUGGUUGGUCCCCCACCUGUACUUCUAGUCCUUGAGAGGCUGCAGCAGGAAGGUUAGGAAGAGUUUGAGGCCAGCCUGGGCUACAGAGUAUGUUCUAGGCCAGUGACUGUUGCAGAGUGAGGUCCAGCCCACCUGGACUAUAAAACACCAGAGGAAGUGGGGCUUCGAGUGCCGCUCGCUUGCUUGCUUGCCCAGCAUGAACAAAGCUGUGGGAUCAGCCCUCUAACUGCAUGGUGAAGAGUCAAAUUGCUGAUACCAUUCAGCCUGCCUUUGUGUGUUUUCAGGAUUCAUACAGUUGUGUGCUAAAACAUUACAAUAACCAAAAAGUGUGCUUCCCAAAGUAGUGCGCUUGUAAGACUGUAGUAAGGCCAGAGCAACUCUUAGCCUACAGUGUAGGAAUAACGAAGAAGUGUGCCCACCCCAGACUGUGGGUGUCCCACAGGAUUACUGGGCACUUAAGUGAUGGAAGUAAAAAUGUUACUCCAGCAGAAAACAGGUUACAAGUGAGCUCCCCUCCUGUGUGGGGCUGUGGAAAGCUGGUCUAGCACUGAACUGGCCUGGUGUCCCAGCCAUGAAAGACUCUUUCAUGGCUCUGAGUGAGAUGCUGGAAUGUGACUGUGAAAACUGUGACAGCUGAACCCUUUGACAGCAUCCAGGAUCGUCUCUGAUGAUGCCCAGAUUUCACAUCCCUCUUCAGCACACCCGAGAGCACCCCACUGCUGUGACCGGUCUUACACUGUGAUGUCUUAGGCUUUGCUCAGCUAAGAUCCAUGAAAAAUUGAAGUCCACUUGAUCCCAGGUCGGACAGGGCUGAAUCUCAUUUUUCCUUGUAGUGUUAGUUUAUGAGCUCAAAUAAAGUUUUGAUUAGUCGUGUCCCUCUUAGCAGAGGGACAAAAUGUAAUUACUUCGCCUUAGAUAAAAGGACGGAACUGGCAGUUUGUAAAGUUUUUAAAGGCGGUUAGGUCAGGUAGGGUUUGAGUGAUACUGUUUCUUAAAGGAAAUAUAGAAUAUCAAAUACUGAGUUUUUGUAUAAAGAUAUAUAAAUGCAUAAAGAUGGAAAACCAAUAUAUAAAUGUCUGUUGGUGUCUUGAGGUAAAGAUCACAAAGAUUAUCACCAGGCUGUUUAGCUGAGUCACUUAAGCAUUGUAGAGCUGAUUCUUAGAACCAGUCAGUGCUUGGAGGAGGAGAUGUUAAUCCACCUGUUGAGGACGAUGUGCAGACUGCUUAUAUUUUCUCUGUAUCAGGUUUUUCUAUGUUCUUUAGGUUGGCCUUUAAAGGGGGGUGGGCUUUAAUUUCUCACAGAGGAGUCAAUAUAUGAAGGAUCCUGCUUACCUGAAGUUAUGUUUGGAUUUCUGUAAGCUUUAAGCUUCCUUUACCUGAUGCCUGUUACGUGCUAUGCUCAGACAUUGAGUGAAAGACAAAUCCUGUGGCCAAGGCAGCCAUGUAUAGACAGGCCCUCAUCCAUCUAUUACAGAGCAAAGUCACUGGCACAUUGUGGCUAGUGAGAGCAUCUGCAGGGGUUGGGGGAGCUCCUUCCCGAUGUGCAGGAGGCCCUGGGGUUAGCCUUGCCAUUUGCCCCUUCUGCUGCCUGUGUUCUUCAGAUAGGUUGGACCACUAAUUAAACCAAAUGUCCCUUUGUGCUUCCUGCUGUGCCUUAUGGGGCUGUACAGUGCUUCAGCUAGUCUGGAGCAUGUCCGUCUGUGUGACGAUGAGCAGAGAGGCUGUGUCUUCUGGGGUAUUUGUGUCUGUCCUGCCCCUCUUUCUCCUCCCUUGUGAGCCAUUUCAGUGGAGUUGAUUCUCCUUGGCCUCUUCCUCAUUCUCUCUGCAGAGUCUCUGAGUGGGACCUGUCACUGUCACCAUUUCCCUUACCAUUUGUAUUGUUCCUAGGAUCAGAGGGAAUAUUAUCUCCCUUGGCUGACAGAGAACCAGCUGGUCACUGUUUGCAGGUUUAUGUGCUGGCAAAUUUCUCCUGAAGUCACAAUGUAGGGCUGGUAUACAGAAGCUACCCAAGAAUAAGUGACGCCAAAGCCUACUUCCCACUGACCCUUUGCUGGUCCCUUAUGGUCACCCUGGGCUCAGGCCACACCACUCCUUUCCGCUCUGUUGAUGCAGCUUGCAGCCUAGCACAGCAAAGCCCUGCCACCACUCUGUAAGACUCAAAACCACAGUGGUGAGAUUGACCGCCUGUCAAAAUGGUAGCUUCACAGAUUUGUGAGUGAGACCGAUCAUCAAACCCUAGUUUCUUUUUUUUUUUUUUUUUUUUUUUUGGUUCUUUUUUUUUUUUUUUUUUUUUUUUUUCCGGAGCUGGGGACCGAACCCACGGCCUUGCGCUUCCUAGGCAAGCGCUCUACCACUGAGCUAAAUCCCCAACCCCCAAACCCUAGUUUCUGUAGUUAUCCUUCACUGUAUAAAAUGUGAGCACAGACAUCCAAGUGAGGAGGGACCAGUGUGCAACCUUCCCUACAAAAUAUAUGACAAAAUACCCAAGAUAACAGCCUAAAAAGAGGAAAUGUUUAUUUUGGCUCAGUUUCAGCCAAGUCAGCUCCAGGGUGCUUGGCCCUUUGCUUUGGGGCUGGGAAAGAAGCACUAUGUCAUGGCGGAGGAGAGCUGCUCAUUUCACAGCAACUGGCAGUGGAGAGGCAAGGAAGGACCUGGGGUCCUGAUACACCCCAGUAACAUAACUUCCUCCGACAAAGACCCACUUCAGUUCCUACCUUCUUUAAGCUAAGGGCCAAGCCUUCAACAUAGAUUUGGGGUACAUUUAAGAUCCAAAUAGGACCAGCCACCACGAAGAAGGAUUUUAUAGGAGCAAUUAUAUGGAGAAUGUUAAGAGCUAACUACACCCUUUCUACACUAGAGAGGCAGGUAAUGCCGCAGAAAAGGGGGUGGGUUGAUAAAGUCCCACGCACAGGCAGCAAGCUCAGAGGAUUCAAAAGCACUUUAGAGGGACUUGCCCUCAAAGCCUGCUGCUCCCUCUCAUCCAGUGUCCACACAGAGCUGACCGCAUUUCCGGGUAGCCUGGCUGUCCAGGAGCCCCACCUCUGUCAGGUUUCACCAGAGCUCCUCUGGAGAACUACUUUGGCCAUCAUGGAGAUGACUUGCUGAAGAGACGGGCUGAUUAGGAGAUGACAUCUUCAAUCUGAGCUGAAGCUGUAGACGUGAAGUGCCCCAGAGAGCCGGGCUCCCCAAGAACUCCUUCCAGCAGCAACGACCACUUGGUUCUGUGGAGGACACAAGACAGACAGCACUAGUGAUAUUCCCUCCAUGAGGCAGACAUCAUACUGUGCUCUGAAGUGCACAGAAGAGCAAUGCCAGCCACACCCCACAACCACAACUUGAGUCUCUCCCCCUUUGUUCAGACACCACUUUGUCAGAUCUGAUAAGUUCCAAAACCACUGUUGUGCAAGUUGACCCCAGAACCUCACUGCAGUGCAUGUGACCACAUCAAGUGGCACCUCCUAAUACCCCAAGGUCAGUCAACAAGAGAAAAUUAAUCUUUUCAAUUGACGAAGUGGUAAUUUCUUCUCCUCCCUUAUUUAUGUAAUUACUAGUCACUAAAUGUGCUUUUACUUUGGCUAUAUUCUAAGUCUUCUUUCCAUUUCCUGGCCAAAUCAUGCUCCUCCCCUAAAGUUAACCUUCCUGGCUGCUUGCCAUCUCCCUGGUCUAACCAUCGCAGGGGCUAUUUCAAGAACCAUAAGUCCUGCAUGGACAGCCACUGUCUGUAUCCCUGGGUCACUGCACGCUGAUGUCAAAGGUCUUAGCUGCAUUCUAUCCUUCCAUCUGAGCUGUAAGCAGGAGACCGGCCGUGUCACUGUUCUGUCUUCUCCACUGUCCACUGAGGUACCUCAGUUAAUGUACUGCCGAGGCUCACCAGCUGACAUGGGCAGGCUUCCUCACGAAAGUCUCCAGGCUGCCACUUCUACCAGACUCACAUCCCAGGACAGAAGCCUGCCUUGAGGGUCCUACCUCAGGUCUCAGGGAAAGGCCACCGAGCUUUAAUGCUGUCUCAAUUGUGAGCUGGGAAAGUGAGGGUGUUAAUACUGGCUCGAGUGAACUGCAAUUAGGAAAGCUAACUUGUGGGGUUGUGCACUCCAGAGUUGACUGUAAAGUACUUCCAGAUGACCUUGACCACAACUACCCUUGCUCAGUGUUCUUGACAAUGUCUGAUUUUUUGAAAGUGCAUAAAAUUGUAAGUAAAAGUCAGGUGUAUCCUUAGAGAAUCCUUCCACAAGCUUAAUAACUGCUGGUUCUUGUAGCUAACCCUGAGCUUCUAUCAGGGUUGUCUGUGUCAGUGAGGACUGCUGGCCACCAGAGGGCAGCUUCACUCUGGGUCUGCCAAGCACUUCCCAAGCCUUUACAGAUUGCUGUCUUCACCAACAGGGCUUCCCUCACUAAGGACUCCUGCUCACAUUGCUCCACGGCAGUUGUCCUAUGCUGGUCUCAUAGACCUACAUGUGUCUUCAGGAGCAGUCACCAUCCUGUCUUUGUUUAAUAGCCUAGCACAGUUCUACAAUACCAGUCCUGAGGUGAACAAACACUGUAGUGGGUUAGUGUAGUUUCCUUUGUUUUGACACAGGGUCUCACUCUAACUCAAGCUAACUUGGAACUCUUAAGUCCCAGGCUGGCCUCAAAUUCCUACCUCAGAUUCCAAGUGCUGGGAUUACAGGCAUGAGUUGCCACACCUGCCUCUUUAGUAGUAUAUAUUAAGGUAAGUUUCUUAAAUCUAUAUUAAAAUGUAAUCUUAAUGAAUGGAUCCUUUAGGAGUCCCACUGCUGUUUCUUGCCUACAAGGAUAUUUGCAUAAUUAUAUAAAAAUACAGGUACAGUAAUAUUCACUACAGUACAAUCUGCAAUAGUAAAAAAAAAUGGAAAUAACAUAAAUAUGAGAAUGUAAUUAACUGAAUCAUGGAACAUCCAAAAAUAAAGUAUUGUAUAACUGUGGGAAGUA